GCCAGUGCGGAGGAGCCGCACAGAGCACACAGGACAGCCAGGACGGCAGCCCCAGAGAUGCAGGAGAGAAAGGACGCCAUGCAGGACACACUGCCCCCGGGAAGCCAAGGCGGGGGGCUGGCCUCUGGCAGGAUGGAGGCGCCAUCGCUGAACAAGCAGGACACAAGGACGAGCAGAGGACCAGGGGACCAGAAGGCGAGGCCGGCAGCCUCGAGGACGGUGCCUGCGAAGUCUCAGGGCGGAGCGGCAGUGUCAUCAAGGACGCCCCUUCUGGGGAGUCAGGCCAGAAUGAGGACCCCCGCAAGAGCCAGGCCAGCAGGGAGGGGAGCCAAAGGAGCCACCACAGUGGCUGCCCCACCCGAGAAGAGAGCCCAGGCCACCCAGUCCUCGGCCCCUCUCCAGGGGCCCACCACCCAGAGAGGCCAGAAACUGCGGGCCGCCAACUUCAAGUCUGACCCGCGGUGGGAUUUUGAGGAAGAAUACAGCCUGGAGGUGGGGGGCCUCAAGACGACUUGCCCUGACUCGGUGAAGGUCAAAGCCUCCAAGUCACCCUGGCUCCAGAAUCUCUUCCUGCCCAACCUCACCCUCUUCCUGGACUCCAGACACUUCAACCAGAGCGAGUGGGACCGCCUGGAGCACUUCCCUCCACCCUUCGGCUUCAUGGAGCUCAAUUUCUCCCUGGUGCAGAAGGUCGUGACACGCUUCCCGCCAGUGCCCCAGCAGCAGCUGCUCCUGGCCAGUCUCCCUGCUGGGAGCUCCCAGUGCAUCCGCUGUGCUGUGGUCGGCAACGGGGGCAUCCUGAACAACUCUCACAUGGGCCAAGAGAUAGACAGCCAUGACUACGUGUUCCGACUGAGUGGAGCUAUCAUUAAGGGCUACGAACAGGAUGUGGGGACUCGGACGUCCUUCUACGGCUUUACUGCCUUCUCCCUGACCCAGUCACUUAUUAUAUUGGGCAGUCGGGGUUUCCGGCACGCACCUCUGGGGAAGGAUGUCCGCUACCUGCACUUCCUGGAAGGCACCCGGGACUACGAGUGGCUGGAAGCACUGCUUCUGAAUCAGACCCUGGUGAAAAAGAACCUUUUCUGGUUCAGGCGCAGGCCCCAGGAGGCCUUCCGGGAAGCCUUGCAGCUGGACCGAUACCUGUUACUGCACCCAGAUUUGCUUCGAUACAUGAAGAACAGAUUCCUGAGGUCUAAGACUCUGAACAGCGUCCACUGGAGAAUAUACCGGCCCACCACGGGGGCCCUCCUGCUGCUUACCGCCCUUCAGCUCUGUGACCAGGUGAGCGCCUACGGCUUCAUCACCGAGGGACACGAACGCUUCUCUGAUCACUACUAUGAUAAGUCAUGGAAACGAACGGUCUUUUACAUCAACCAUGACUUCAAGUUGGAGAGGACGCUCUGGAAGCGGCUGCAUGAUGAAGGCAUCAUCUGGCUGUACCAACGUCCUGUCCUGUAACUUCCAAACCAACGACCUGACCGGAG